AUGAUGCACAGAAUGCGGAUGCAACAGCUUGGUAUUCCCGAGCGCAACGUAGGUUCCUCAAAACCAAGCACCCUCCGUGCAAUGCGAGUACCCAAGUUUCUACGCAGCCUCUACGACAUUCUGCAGUACGAAGACCAAGCAAUUUUGGCAUGGUCCGAAGACGGCACGCACUUCCAAAUCUUUGACACGAAGCGACUAGAGACCGCAGUGCUACCCAAGUACUUCAAGCACGGCAAGUUCGCAAGCUUUCAGCGCCAACUCAACAACUUUGGCUUCCGCAAGUGGACUAAGACGCAGUCUAGCGUUUGCACCUUCAGCCACCAUCAUCUCGUGCGGUGUCACCCUCAACAGCUGGCUGACAUCAUCAGCCGCCGACCACCUGUUAACAACGCUCGCGCGGUAGACGAUGCUUGUUCAAAUGUCAGACGCAAACAAACGGUCACGGAACUCAUUCGUUCUGCAGACUCUGCGUUUUCUACUGCUACUAAUUCAAAUACUAUAAAGCGAAAGAAGGACAGCUAUAGCCGCUUGUUGCAGCCAACAGACGCCAGCGAUCAAACAAACAUAGGUUUUGUUAAGGGCGCACCUCGCUGGGCUACGGACCCAAUAGGUUUUUUAAAAACUAGCGAGGUGAGCAAUGGAGCUCGAACCAGCAUGUCAUCGGAACAACACUGCAAUUUCUCUGUAGAUGAGCUGCAAGAUCUCAUUCUUCCGCUUGCCGAUUGUCAAGACAACCGCUCCGUGGAGAAAAUACUCUGUUUGGAGCUCGGAACAGGAGGAAAUGUUGCCUCAAACCACGGUAGCGAGUUAUUUUCAUCACCGACGUACGCAUGGGAUAGCGACGCAUGUUUUUCUCCAGUCGGUCGGAUGCACGUCAAAGAGCGUGUCCCAUGGAGAUUGCAGUAA